CCAUUCGGUUGUGCGCCGUCGUGCGGUACGGACGUCGAUUACGGUUCGCUGGUGGUGGUUAGUUGGCAUUUCGGUCACACAAAAGUCUUAGCUUGCGAGGAUUGUUUAUAAACACAAUAAACAAAAACAAUAAGAAAGCAAGAAAACUAGUAAAAAUUAUUAGCACGUCGCGCCAACUUUUGAUUUAUAGCGAUUCUUAGUUUGCAUUAUUUUCAAAAUUUUUCAAAUUUCGCUUGGCGUUGACAUUCGAAUUUCCAAGUGAACCAACCGCAGCCAGACGGCGUACAGUGAAAUGGGGGCGCAGGUACCCCAAAGUGGUGCGAACGCCGCGAGGCGAACGCUGUGGAGUGCCUCGAUGAUCUUCAAAGUCGUGGCAGUGCUACUGAUAUUGCAUGCCACAUGUGGCACCUACCACACGGCAACGGCUAAGCAACUGAGCAAUGCCGAACUCAACAUCGACGACACCUUCGAUAUUGAUCAAUUUGAGGAAGCACCGGCCGCUAAUCCAAAAUUGCUACUGGUGCGUAACGAACGCGACCUCGACAAUGAAUCACUGCUAGAGGACGAACUGCAACCGAUUGCGGCCGAAGAAGAUACCGAUGCCGACGCCGACAGUGGCAGCUGGCUCGCAAAGGGCGUGAAACGUGUGCGUCGCGAACUGAGUCGGCUAUUCGGCAAAGCGGAAGACAAAUCCGCUGCCCACCGCCACCGGGUCAACGGAGGCACAAAAAAUACACACGUCAAGCACCCGAAGCACCACAAGGCGCACGGUGGCGAUGACAAGAAGCAUCAUAGCAAACACCAGCUCCACGGCAAACAUCGUGCACAUCGGUUGUUGCAGCAACAACGGCCGGAUGGCAACGGACACGAUAAUUUGGAGCAUCAAGGAAAGCAAAUAAAUAAACUAGCGAAGAAACACUCGAAACGGCAAAGCGAUUAUGAUGUUGAUGGUUCUGGUGAUGGUGACGAAGACUUUGUAGUUCCAGAUACGGAGCUAUGGCACACGUAUUUUAUCAUUAACGAACCGUGGACCGAUGAUUUUUCCUACGAAUUGAGUGAAAAAUUUUUGGAAUUACACCGCCAGCUGGAGAUCGCUUUCCGCGAUCUUUUCCAUGCCACGUUCAGCGAUGAAGAUUUUGAAAUAAAUCCAACAUUGAAGUCCAUAAGUCCGAACAAUGAUAAAUUCAAAGUUUACGCCCUGGUUGAGCUGCAACUACCGAGAGGUAACACCGAUUUCAAAAAUGUCUUCGAAACUCAAAUUGCCCGUUACCAUCGUCUGGGUGGCUUAGGCGUCGAGGCUGACGAACGCUUUUAUUUCAAGCGCGAGACCGAAGAUCUUGAAGAUGCCGUUUAUAAUCCAGCAAAAGAGUAUGAUGGUGAAGGCGGUGACGAAGUGCCUACUGGUUAUGAAUGCGAUCCAGAAGUCGGAUUUAGGUGUGCAGAUGGUUCGUCCAUUGCUUGUGAAAGUCUCUGUAAUAAUCAGUCAGAUUGCUCCGAUGGUGACGAUGAGGAAGAGGCGUUUUGUGAAGAACGCCAGCGCAUUCAAAUGGAGGAAAGAAGACGCCAGCAAGCUGAACAAGAUGAAGAACGUCAACGAGCGAAGGCAGAAGAAGAAGAAGAAGAAGCACGUCGUCAAGCCGAAGACGAACAACGUCGCGCUGAUGAAGAUCGCCUGAGAGCUGAAGAAGAAGAAGCACGUCGUCAAGCUGAGGACGAGCAACGUCGUGCUGAAGAGGAACGCUUGAGAGCUGAAGAAGAAGUAGCACGUCGUCAAGCUGAGGACGAGCAACGUCGCGCCGAAGAAGAACGCAUGAGGGCUGAAGAAGAAGAAGCACGUCGUCAAGCUGAAGAAGAAGACAAAGCAAAUGAGUUGGCUGAAAAAGAAGAAGAAGAACGACGACAACAGGAGGGGCAACAUAAUCAACUGGAAGAGGACGCCGACAAAAUCCCGUAUGAUAGAUAUGAGCCAUAUCCGGACCAAGAAAAUGACCUCUUUACACCAUAUCCAACUGAGGAGGACAACGAUGUGGAAUAUGAUGAAGAGACCCGUCGUCGUAAUGAAGAAGAACGUGCACGCAUUGAACAGGAAGAAGAGGAGCGUCGCCUUGCUGAAGAGAAGCGUCAGCAAGAAGAAGAUGAGCAUCGUCAAGCUGAAGAAAAGCGUCAACAAGAAGAAAAUGAACAUCGUCGCUUACAAUAUGAAGAAUUUGAACGUCGCCGUGCCGAGGAAGAACGCCAACGUGCUGCACAGGAAGAAGAAGAGUAUCGACGGGCUGAAGAAGAACGCAGACUGGCUGAUGAAGCAGAGGCACGUCGUCGUGCAGAACAAGCAGAAGCUGAGCGUCGCCGGUACGAAUAUGAAGAAGAGCAGCGGAAUCGAGAAGACGCAGCAGGACGAGACCCCUACGAAGAACCCGAACAACCCAAAGGACCCGAAACGCCCACUGAAGCGCCCGAAGUGUCCGAAACCGACGAGCCGGCAUAUAAUCCCAACUUCGACGAGGGUUCCGGCGAUGAUUAUGGCAUUUCAACCGACCGUUCGACAGUCUUCACGGCUGCCGGUUGUCGCGGUGAUGCCACAUACACGUGCUACAAGUCUGGUUCCCGCAUCUGCGACGAACAACGCUGUGACGAUCACGAAGACUGUCCCGACGGUGAGGACGAAGAAGAUUGUGGUUUUAUUUCCGGCGGACUGGAUGACAAAGAGGGCGACGUUGAUGGUAAUCUGCCUGGAGGUGAAGAUGAUGGAGGCUAUGAACAUGUGUGCUCCGACGCCGAGUUCAAAUGUGACGGUCGCUGUUUACCGCUGGAGUAUUUCUGCAACGGCAGAGUGGAGUGCCUUGACGGCACCGACGAGCGAGACUGCCCUGAUACUAAACCAGAAGCCACAGUGUGCCAACCGGAUGAGUACAAAUGUCGAGCUGGCAAUUGCAUUGACAGUGCCCGGCGCUGUGAUCGCGUGCCUGACUGCCCCGAUGGUGAUGAUGAGGACGCUAGCUGCCUCAUCGGUUGUCGCGAAGACGAGUACCUUUGCAAGGACGGCAUGCGCUGCAUUAGCAAUUCGAAGGUCUGCGAUCGUGUAACCGAUUGCAUAGACGCCGACGACGAGGAUGGAUGUGAAGGCAUUGUGCCACAGCUGCGUUAUUUCUGUCCGAAGGGCAAAUUCACCUGCCAUGAUCUCUCCUGCAUAUCGAUUGUGCAUCGUUGCGAUGGAAAAACCGACUGCCCGAACGAUCGCGCCGACGAGGAAGGAUGUCCUUGUCUCUACGAGCGCUGGAUGUGCGACGACGGCACCUGUGUGCCACAGAAUCUGCGCUGUAACGGCAACAUUGACUGCCCCAAUGACGUGUCGGACGAGCGGAAUUGCAAUGGUGGUGAGUCCGCUUGCCGCUACAAUGAAUUCCAAUGCGGCAAUGGUCAGUGCAUACCGAUGCGUGAGUUGUGCGAUAAUAUCUAUGAUUGUGUAGAUUAUUCAGACGAAAGGGACUGCGACCUUGAGGACAUCGGACGCAAUAUCUUCGAUGAAGAUGAAAUAAUACGCGAAUACGCACCACACGACCACAGAGUCUUAACCACGGAGGCACCUGUACUGGAAGGUUUGGACGCCAAGGAGUACUACCUCUACAACUCGGGCCUCUAUGAAAAGUCGAACGCGCAGCAUUCCUGCAACGAACGCCAAUUCGAGUGUGGCAACAAGGUCUGCAUACCUUUGCAACUGCGCUGUGACGGUUUUUACCACUGCAACGAUCUAACGGACGAGUAUGGCUGUGAUCAAUACAGACCGGAGUCGCGGCGCACGACCUUGCCGCCGCCGAAGCUUGUGCGCACCACACACUCACCCUGGUGGAAUACCACUGCCGCCACAACAACAACCAGCCGGCCCAGUACAACAACAACGGACGCAAAUAUUGUCACACCCGUAGUACCCAGCUACAACAAUAACACUUGCCUCGAAAAUCUUGAGUUCGCUUGCCGCAACGGCGAUUGCAUACCGAUCGAGAGCGUUUGCGACGGCGCCGCCGAUUGUAGGCAGCGCGAAGACGAGGACUACAAUUUAUGCAACUGCAGCAGCGAUAAGUGGAAAUGUUUGCGCGGCGGCGGUUGCAUAGCCAAAACUCAAGUCUGCGACGGCAGGCGACAGUGCAAGGACGGCAGCGACGAGAGCAUUUGCCAUUUUCAUGCUAAGUAUAAUAAGACGCGCAUUGUGAAUGAAUGCCAUAGCUUUCAGUAUCAAUGCGCCGACGGUAUCUGCAUAUCGGGCUACAAACGGUGCAACGGCAUAACCGAUUGCGUUGACGGUUCCGACGAAAAUAAUUGCCCGUUAAAUUAUGAUGACACCACUUACGAUUUCGAACCGGAUCCCGCGCUCAGCGAAUGCGAUAUUUACGAGUUUGAGUGCGACUACUCGCGUUGUAUACCGAUUGAGAAGAAAUGCGACGGUUAUCCGGAUUGCGAUGACGAAACUGAUGAAUUACAAUGUCCGCCGUUCACAGAGCAUUGCCACGAAAACGAGUUUGAAUGCGAUGAAAAUUAUUGCGUAUUACGCGAUCAACAAUGCAACGGUAUAGUCAAUUGCAACGAUGGCACCGAUGAGCAAAAUUGCACAUUCUGUCGCGACAAAGCUUUUCUCUGCCACACCGGCGAAUGCAUUUUGCCACAACAGCGCUGCAACGGUCAUCCCGAUUGCAUCGAUGCCAGCGAUGAACAGAACUGCGCGGCAAAAAUCGAAUGUCCGAGACUGAAAUUCCUGUGUAACGGCACCUGCGUCGACUGGAGUCUGUAUUGCAAUGGCAAAAUUGACUGCGAUGAUGGGCAAGAUGAAAAGAACUGCGAUGGCACCGAACGUGAUAAGGAUGUAAUAGAGUUAGUGUCGAAUAAGAGCUGCCACGCCUACCAGUGGCAAUGCGGCAACUAUCAGUGUAUAAACAAAGAUUACCUGUGCGACGGGCACGCCGACUGCACUGACGGAUCCGACGAGGCGCCCAGGCAAUGCAGCAAAAAUGUUGCUACGCGCCACACGCCGGAGGACUGCACGGCCGAUCAGUAUUUUUGCGAUGACGAAUGCCAUCCGGAUUCUAUACGUUGCAACAACAUUAGAGAGUGCACGGACGGCAGCGACGAGCUGAACUGUACACCAUAUCCGCCCACACGACCACGCCCAUUGCCCACCUACCCAUGCCCAAUGCACACUUGUCCGAACGGCAAAUGCUACUCGGAGAGUGAACGUUGCGAUGGCUCACGCGACUGCGACGAUGGCGCCGAUGAGGCAAAUUGUUGCGCUGCCAAUCAAUUCCGUUGUCGCAAUGGUGACUGUGUUUCCAGCAACGCUCAGUGCAAUGGUUAUCAGGACUGUCGCGACGGUUCGGACGAGGAGGACUGCUCUGAGCCCGCCUACGUUGUGCCCUGUACCGGUUCGCAGUUCCGCUGCAAUAAUGGACAGUGCAUAAAUGCGGCGGCGCGCUGUGAUGGCUACACCGAUUGCGCGGACAGCUCCGAUGAGAUUUCGUGCAAAGCUGUAGAUUUCCCGGCCUCAAAUCCAGAACUGAACUUGAAGACAUACCCCGAGAGCCAGAUUAUCAAAGAAAGUCGCGAGGUUAUCUUCCGUUGUCGGGACGAAGGUUCGCUGCGCGCACGCGUCAAAUGGACACGCCCUGGUGGCCGUCCCCUACCGAUUGGCGCACGAGACAAUGGCGAUGGUCGUUUGGAAAUCCCCAACAUCCGCGUUGAAGACUCCGGCCCAUAUAUCUGCGAAGCUGCAGGCUACCCCCGUCAUGUCUCUGGACAACAAGUAACCGUACAUCUUACAGUGGAGAAAUUAAAUCCCGACAACGAACGUCCACCCACAGCUUGUCGCGCCUACCAGGCCACCUGCCGUGACAACCAAUGUAUCGAUAAGUCACAAAUUUGCGACGGUACUCCACACUGCGCGGACGGUUCCGAUGAGGAGAGCUGCAGUCACGGUCUUAAAUGCCAGCCCAAUCAGUUUAUGUGCCGCAACUCGCGCUGUAUUGACCGCAUCUGGCGCUGCGACGGCGAGGACGACUGCUUCGAUAAUUCAGAUGAGGACAGUUGCGACCCCGAGCCAAGUGGUGCACCAUGUCGCUACGACGAAUUCCAAUGUCGCAGCGGUCAUUGCAUUCCCAAAAACUUCCAGUGUGACGACACAAAUGAUUGUUUGGAUGGUAGCGAUGAAAUCGGCUGCAUGGGUCCUGCCGCAAUCCGUCCACCGCCUCCAAAUGUUCGUUUGGAAUCGGGCGAGGCCUUAAAUAUUACCUGUGUAGGCACCGGCGUACCAGUGCCACUUAUCGUUUGGCGCCUGAACUGGGGUCACGUCCCCGACAAAUGUGUCACGAAGAAUUAUGGCGGCACAGCUACACUGUACUGUCCCAAUAUGGCAUCACAAGACCAAGGCGCGUACUCGUGCGAAAUUCUCAACCCGAAAGGCCGCGUUUUCGUUACACCUGAUACACAAGUAACAGUCAACAUUCCGACAACCGCAGACGUCUGUCCAGCCGGCUUUUUCAACAUGCUCGCUCGCCGGCCCGAUGAAUGCAUCGACUGCUUCUGUUUUGGCAUAUCUAAGACUUGCAAGAGUGCAAAUCUUUUCAAUUUUGCCAUUCAACCAUCAAUUUCUUCGCACAAGGUCAAGAAUGUAGAAUUGAAUCCGUAUGGUGAUAUUAUCAUCAAUGAUGCACCAGUUCCCAAUAUCCUCAGUCGUCAUCAUGGUGUACAGUUCCGCGUAUCCGAUGUCGGAUAUAACAGCCGUGAACAGCCUUACUUGGCACUGCCUAACGAGUAUAUGGGCAACCAGUUGAAAUCUUAUGGUGGCUAUCUGCGCUAUGAAGUCAAUUAUAUGGGCAAUGGACGUUCCAACAAUGCACCUGAUGUUAUAAUCACUGGCAACGGUAUUACGCUCACUCAGCGCGUGCGCAAUCAACCAGAGCCGAAUGUGAAGAACAAGAUUUCUGUACAAUUCAGUUCUGGUAAUUGGUACAAGACUGAUGGACGUCGUGCAACACGUGGUGAAGUCAUGAUGGUACUUGCUAAUGUAGACAACAUACUCAUCCGUUUGAGCUACAUUGAUGCCACAGAGCGUGAGGUUGAACUUACAAACAUUGUUAUGGACUCUGCUAGUCUUGAUGAUCAAGGCUUAGGCUCAGCUUCGUUGGUCGAGAAAUGCGUCUGUCCACCUGGCUACAUUGGUGACUCAUGCGAGACGUGUGCUCCUGGUUAUGUGCGUGAGAAAUAUGGUCCCUGGUUGGGUCGCUGCGUACCUUUCGUACCAGAGCCUUGCCAACCGGGUACCUAUGGCGAUCCCGCUCGUGGUAUACCAUGUCGCUCUUGCCCAUGCCCACAAACUGGUUCAAGCAACUUUGCCAGCGGUUGUCAGUUGAGUCCCGAUGGCGACGUAACUUGCAACUGUCUCGAGGGCUAUACUGGCCGACGCUGUGAGAUCUGCGCUGCUGGUUAUCAAGGCAAUCCGCUAAUUCCUGGCGGCAGUUGCCAUCCAAUUCCAGAGAGCACAUGCAACGCUGAAGGCACUUACUAUCCACAUCCCAAUGGUACAUGCGAAUGCAAGCCGCUAGUUGUAGGUCCACGUUGUGACACCUGUGCUCCCGAAUCCUUCCAUUUGAACAGCUUCACAUACACCGGUUGCAUUGAAUGCUUCUGCAGCGGUCUUACAAAGCAAUGUUCCAGCAGCAGCUGGUACCGUGAUCAGAUAUCUUCAAGCUUUGGACGUUCAGGCGCACCUCAUGGUUUCGAGUUGAUUCGCGACUACAAAGCCGCACAGCCAUCUAAAGUCAAUUUCCAACAAUAUAAUAGCGCUCUGACAUUCAACCAACAGUUGUCCCCCGAUCCACUGUAUUGGAGUCUACCUGCCCCAUUCCUUGGUGACAAGAUUACCGCCUAUGGUGGCAAACUAUCGUAUAACCUCAGCUAUAACCCACUGCCAGGUGGACUUAUGUCCCGCAACACAGCACCCGAUGUUGUCAUCAGCGGUGAAGAUAUAACGAUUAUUCACUACCGUAAAGCCGGUGUGAACCCCAGCCAACCCAGCUCGUACUCCGUACCGAUCAUUGAAAGCGCCUGGCAACGUCCUGAUGGUCAAGUGGUCAAUCGCGAACACUUGUUGAUGACACUUUCGAAAAUUGAUGCCAUCUAUAUCAAGGCUACCUACACCACCAGCACCAAAGACGGCCAACUGACGCAAGUUUCACUGGAUAUUGCUACGCAGAAUAAUAUCGGAACACCACGUGCCUACGAAGUGGAAGAAUGUCGCUGCCCAGUUGGCUAUAUUGGACUAUCAUGUGAGCGAUGUGCGCCUGGUUAUAAACGCCUCAGCGAAGGAGGUCUUUACUUAGGCGUUUGCAUCCAGUGCGAAUGUAAUGGCCACUCAGACCAAUGCGACGCUGAGACCGGCACGUGUAUUAACUGCGAACACAAUACCGCUGGUGAAUUCUGCGAUCGCUGUGCUCCAGGUUAUGUUGGCAAUGCUUCCGGUGGUACACCAAACGACUGCUCGCCCGAUUAUGAGCCCUACCCACCACCGGCUCCGGGCAAUCAAACAAUUGAAUGUGCCUACUGCAACCGCGACGGUACUGCCUCCUGCAGUGGCAACUAUUGCGCCUGCAAGCCCAAUGUAGUUGGCCCAUAUUGUAGUGAGUGUCGACCGGGCACUUAUGGUCUAUCCGAGCGCAAUCCCGAUGGCUGUGAGGAAUGCUAUUGUUCUGGCAAGAGCACAAAGUGUAGCUCUGCUGUAUUAUACCGCCAACUUAUACCUGUCGAUUUCAUCCUCUCCAAACCACUGCUCACAGACGAAGAAGGAAGCAUAGUUGAUGAAGAGAAUCUAAGCUUUGACAUACCUACAAACAUGUUCACAUACAACUACAAUUCGUAUACACAAAAGUACUGGAGCAUACGCGGCUCAGUAUUAGGCAACCAGCUGUACUCAUAUGGCGGACAUCUAUCGUAUAGACUGGAUGUAGACAGUUACGGCAACAGUGUACCCGGCAGUGAUGUUAUACUCAUUGGAAAUGGCAUGAAAUUGGUCUGGUCCAGACCACGUGAGGAGCAAGAUAAUAGUGAAUACCGUGUACGCCUACAUGAAGACGAAAAUUGGCAACGAAAGGAGUUCGGUCGUUCUGUAAAUGCCGGACGUUUGGACUUCAUGAGCGUGCUAUCCAACUUGGAACACAUUCUUAUACGCGCCACACCCAAGAUACCAACAACACGCACAAGUAUACGCGAUGUAAUACUCGAGUCGGCCGUCGAGCAUCGCACACCCGAUGCCCAACAAGCCAUCGAAGUGGAAGUCUGCACCUGCCCAGCUGGCUACUCAGGCACCUCCUGCGAGAAGUGCGAACCACUGCAUUACAAAGACAACUAUGGCAGCUGCGUCGCCUGCCCUUGCCGCGAAGACACCACCGACUCCUGCUACCUGCAAGACAGCGAAGUGACCUGCAGAUGCAAGCCGGGUUACUCCGGUCAGCAAUGUCAGAUAGAUGGUAACAAUGAUAAGUCAACGCUCAUUGAUAAACCGGACACUUUAGUGAUCGAGCCCAAACCGUGCUGUAGUGACUAUCAGGUGGACCUCAUGCCCAAUGAGACAUUCGCAAGCAAUGAAACACUGCAAUUAUAUAAGGGUAACCGAAAAGUAGGGAACGUGACGAGAUUGCGCAGCGACUGCAAUCGGCGAGAUGGCUACGCUCGACCGGAACCGCCUAGGCCUGUGCCCACACCACUGCCAGAUUACCAAACACAGAUUACCGUCUCGAUUGCACCGCCUGAAAUCACCAUCAUACCGAUCGGUGGCUCACUAACUUUGAGCUGCACCGGUCGUAUGGCUUGGAAUGGCGUGCCCGUGUUCGUGUCAUGGUCCAAGCUGGGCGAUCGUCUGCCGAUUGGCGCCGAAGAAGAUGGUGGCGUUUUGCGCUUAUACAAUUUAGAAAUACACGACUCCGGUGUGUAUGUCUGCCGAGCGGUGAAUAACGAGACGAACCGCGUUUUCGAAGACCGAAUUUCCAUAACCAUAACGGAGCAAUCGCAACGCACGCCAUCACAGAUCGUCAACCUGCCGCAAGUGGUCACAUUCGAGGAAUACCAGCGCAAUGAAAUCUACUGCGAAGUGAGUGGUCAUCCAACACCAACAGUCACAUGGACCCGUGUCGAAGGCCAAAUGUCUUUGGAAGCACGCACAGAAGAUACCCGUCUCAUCUUCGAAGCACCACGCAAAUCUGACGAAGGCCGCUACCGCUGUCGGGCCUCCAACGAGAACGGCAUCGAUGAGAAGUAUACACAGGUUUAUGUGCGCGUCGCGCCACCUGUAGCACCACCACCGCCACGCGAACUUAUUUACAUCGACCCGCCAUCAUACACCGGCGAGUCGGGACAGCAAGUACGUCUCACCUGCCAACCGACUACCUCUAUCUCGCUCAUCUAUGAGUGGAACAAAGAUGGUUAUCCACUGUAUCGUCAACGUAAUGUCAUCAUCAGCGGAAACACCAUUGAAAUACGCGACCCCACGCCACGUGAUUCCGGUCUCUAUACUUGCAUCGGCAUUGAUUUGCGCGGUCGACGCAAUUACACAAAUGACGCACAGGUAUUGAUCGAAGACAGUGGCUACCCAGCACCGGGACCGGGACCCUAUCCAGGACAACUGCCGGGCACUAUCGGUCCGGUUGUAAAACGCUUGCCCGAACAGAACCUCAUCAUACAAGGACAAGAUUUCUCUAUCACCUGCGAGGCCACCGGUUCGCCCUACCCCAGCAUCAAAUGGACCAAGGUUCACGAGGCACUUGCUGAUAAUGUGCAACAAACCGGAAACGUUCUGCGCAUCAUCAAUGCGCGUCCUGAGAACCGCGGCAUGUACUUGUGUAUCGCCGAGAAUAUUGCGGGCUCUGAAGAAUCAAACACUAUUAUCGACGUUGAACCACGAGAAAGCCCAACCGUAGACGUACACCCGCCCGGUCCCCAAUCAGUUACUGUGGGCACUGAGGCUAUGCUUUACUGCAGUGGAACUGGUAUUCCCGAUCCGAGCGUACAGUGGCGCCGCGUUGACGGCAAACCCUUGUCGCCGCGCUGCCAGGAAAUCAGCCCCGGCUACAUAAUGAUCCGUGAAAUUCAAUUGGAAGACUCCGGCGAUUACGAAUGUAUUGCACAGAACGAUGUGGGACGUGUGACAGUGGUGCAAAAGGUGAACGUUAUGUUGCCACCCGUAAUCACACUUGAGCCGAAUGACGAAUACUUGAGCUUAACUGAAGGUGAUGAACUCAAGGUGAUAUGCACGGCUACUGGUGUACCCAGCCCUAUAGUACAGUGGGUGGAUGAUACCACAGAAUUCAACCGCGGUCUGCCGCCCAGCCCACAACACAGCCAAGCCUUCUUGGAGAAGUAUCGUGUAGAUCGCAACGACGCCAAGACAUACAAGUGCAUAGCGAGCAACGAAGCUGGCACCGCUGAGAGCUCUGUGACAGUAGAUGUACGACCACGCCGCGGCGAUGUGCCACACGAUGGCGAUGUGAUACGUAAUCCUUACCCAAUUUACCCACGCCCACCACAGUAUGACCCACCACAGAAUGUGUAUCGCGCCAACAAAGGUGAAGCCGUAAGACUAACUUGCGACCUCGGCCCUGAGUUGAUGACAAGUUGGCAGCGAGAAGAUGGCCGUCCACUGCCACCAAACUCGUACUUGGAACAAAGCAGCUUGAUCAUUACAGCAGUAGAGGAGCAAAACAGCGGCAAAUAUAUCUGCAAUGCGAUAGACAACCGCGGAGCCAUUGUAUCCUUCGUUAUUGCGGAGCUGGUUUUAGUGCCUAUUCCACAGAUCACCUUCCACCCGAACAUACCAAUUGUGGUAACUGUUAAUGACAACAUCGACGUCUACUGCGAAGUAACUGGCGAACAGCCCAUCGAAGUGUCCUGGCACACCGACCACAAUCGCCCCUUGACAGACACUGCACGUAUCGAAGGACAGUACUUGCGCUUCAACGGUAUUACGCCAGCUGACGCAGGUCGCUACUACUGCUCGGCUUCCAACCGCUACGGCAACACCACGAAAAUGGCCGAGGUCACCGUUAACCGCCGCGGUCCCUACUUACCAUCGCCACGUGCGCAGACUUACAACAUACGCGAGGGUGACGAUGUAACACUGGAUUGUGAUGUGCAGUCCGUUCGCGAAACGUUACGCGGCGAAAUCAGAUACGAAUGGCACCGCGAAGACGGUCGACCACUGCCACGCAACGCUUUGGUACGCGAUCAACGACUCUAUCUGCGCGGUGUACAAAAGCCGGACGAAGGCCGCUACGUUUGCGAGUCCUAUUCGACAGGCGGCAGUCGCUCAGCGCCGUCGUUUGUAGAUCUGAUUGUCAAGCGAGGCUACAGCAUAAGUGAGGUCCCUUGCGUCGUAUUCUAUAUCUGUACAGAUUUCAAAGCACCCAAAGCGCUCGUCUCCAAGCCGCCCACGCGGCUCUCCUACGCUUGCCAACCGAGCGACUUCAAGUGUGUCUCACACCCGCACACCUGCAUCAAGGCGGCGAUGGUGUGUGACGGCAUACACGAUUGCACAGAUCAUUCGGACGAAUUUAACUGCACGCCGCAACAGCCGCCGACCACAUUGGCGACGGCCCAAUCGCUGACGACGCCAACAGCAACACCGCUGCCACCGCCAAUGAGUGCACCGCCCACGCACAAGCCGCUGGCAACGCAGAAACCGGCGCAAAAGGCAUCGCAGAAAUCCUCACAGAAGCCGAGCUACAAACGCUGGAGGAAGCGGCACAGCAGCCACAGCAGCCACAAGGAACGCCGCAAUAAUCACACGCACACACACAAGCGCAAGCAGCGGCUGCGCCUGAAAAAACGACGCCAUCUGCUGCCGACGACCGUUUUCCGCCCACCACUUGCAGCGGCAGUGCCAACACUUCGUUUGCCCGCAAUACCACAAGCAUUACCGGAGCUUUCCACCCCACCUCCACUACAGCAGACCUUCCCACGUGACCGCAGUCUGAAGCUAGAUCAACAGUCGUCGCAAUUGCGCAUCGGCGAGUCGACGGAGGUCGAGUGUUAUUCCUCGGACAGCAGUUACACGGAUGUCGUAUGGGAACGUGCCGAUGGCUCGCCACUACCACUAAACAUACAGCAAAUCGGUAAUCGGCUCGUCAUCUCGCAUGUGUCCGCUUCCGACGCUGGUGACUACCGCUGCAAGUGCAAGACAGACGAGGGCGAGCUGUACACCACCAGCUACACGCUCGGCAUUGAGGAGUGGCCGCACGAAUGGAAACGUCCGAAGUUGGUGCAUGCCAAUGUCGGUUCAUCUGCCCAACUGAACUGUGAUGCGGAAGUGCCGGGCAGUUACCGUUGGUCACGUCAAUACGGUCAAAUGCAAGGUGAUCGCGAUCUGUACAACGAGCGCCUGGAAUUACAAGAUGUGCAGGCAAAUGAUGCCGGCACCUACAUUUGCACAUCAAGCACUCCAGACGGACAGUCCGUAGAUUAUCCCGUCAUACUAGUAGUCACCGGCGCGAUUCCGCGUUUCCAUCAGGAACCAAUCAGCUACAUGUCUUUCCCCACAUUGCCCGAGUCAUACAUCAAAUUCAACUUUGACAUUACAUUCCGCCCCGAGCAGCCCAACGGUCUGUUGCUGUUCAACGGCCAGAAGCGUGGUAGCGGCGACUACAUUUCACUGUCGCUGAAGGAUCGCUAUCCUGAAUUCCGUUUCGACUUCGACGGCAAACCAAUGGUCAUACGCUCCGAGCGUCCAGUUUCACUCAACGAGUGGCACACAGUGCGCGUGAAUCGUUUCCGUCGCGAUGGCUACAUACAGGUUGACGAUCAGCACCCAGUCGCUUUCCCCACACUUGCGCAAAUCUCGCCAUUAGAUCUCAUCGAGGAUUUGUACAUCGGCGGAGUGCCUAACUGGGACAUGCUGCCGCAUGAUGCGGUCGAUCAGCAAGCUGGCUUCGUGGGCUGCAUCAGUCGCCUUACUCUUCAAGGCACCAUCGUUGAAUUGAUGAAGGAAGCGAAACUGAAGGAAGGCAUCACCGCCUGCCGUCCAUGCCAACAAAAUCCUUGCGAGAAUGGCGGAAUCUGCCUUGAGAGUCAAACAGAAGUGGCGUACACCUGCAUCUGCCAACAGGGCUGGACCGGACAUAACUGUGGCGUCGAAGGUACACAAUGUACCCCAGGUAUUUGUGGCAGCGGACGUUGUGAAAAUACCGAAACUGGCAUGGAAUGCCUCUGUCCGCUGAACAAGACUGGCGAUCGUUGCCAGUAUAUUGAACAUUUGAAUGAGAACAGCUUGGCGUUCAAGCUUAACAGCUAUGCUGCCUAUCCGACACCACGCGCCUCCAAACUGAAUGUGAAAUUGAAGGUGAGACCAAAUUCCUUACAUGACGCAAUUCUGCUCUACGCCGCCGAAUCUAAACUCCCCAGCGGCGACUUCAUUGCUGUCUUGCUGCGCGACAAACACGUGGAGCUGAUUAUCAACACCGGUGCCCGUCUGAACCCUGUACUGGUGCGAUCACAGAAUCCCUUACCAGUUAACAAAUGGACCGAAAUUGAGAUAUCACGUCGCUUUGGCGAAGGCAUCCUCCGUGUUGGCAACGAACCAGAGCAACGAGCCAAGGCAACGAAGUUGGCGCGCAUGUUGUACAUAAAAACACCGCUGUACGUGGGCGGCUAUGAUCACGAAAACGUCAAACUAAACCGAGACGUGAACAUUACACAAGGCUUUGAUGGCUGCAUCUCAGGCUUGUUCGAGGGUCAACGACAAAUCCAUCUGAUUGCCGAUGUUAUCGAUGCAGCCAACAUCCAGAACUGUGGCGAAAUCAACGAGAUCGAUCAAAAUGAGUCCUUCGACAACUUCGAGCAAGAUGCCACUAAACUCCAGCCAGCGAAGGGCACAGAGAGCAAAGCACGAAGUGAGAACGUAGACCAACUGGUAGAUGCCUGCGCCAGCGACCCUUGUGAAAAUGGCGGAAGCUGCAGUGUACACGACAGCGAAGCCGUUUGUUCGUGUCCAGUUGGUUUCACCGGCAUGCACUGUGAAGAACACAUAAGUCUCGUAUAUGACGCCAACUUCCAUGGCAACGGUUAUCUGGAGAUCAACCGCGAUCAGUUCAACUCGGACGUCGAACAAAAAUACUCAUUCGCAGCGAUGGUUUUCUCCACAACCGAUCCCAAUGGCCUGCUGCUUUGGUGGGGUCAAAAGAAGGAUGAGGAAUAUACCGGACAAGACUUCAUGGCGUUAGCCAUAGUUGAUGGCACCGUGGAAUUCUCGUUCCGUCUCAACGGCGAGGAAACCGUCAUACGUAAUCCAGACAAGCGCAUCGACGAUGGUGGCCGCCACAUUGUUUUGAUUAAACGAACGGACAACACUGCCGUACUCGAGUUGGAUCACCUGUUGGAUGCGGGCGAAACACGUCCGACCGGCAAGGAUCAAAUGAACCUACCGGGACAUGUGUUCAUUGGUGGCACGCCGGACGUAGCCAAAUUCACUGGCGGCCGCUACACCAAGAACUUCAACGGUUGCGUGCGCGUCGUGGAGGGCGAAGCGCGAGGCAUCAUACAAUUAGGCACUGCGGCCAUCAGCGGCCAAAAUGUGGAUACGUGUCCGCAAACCGACGAUGGCACCGAACCACCGGUCGUUUGAGCAUAGCUUUUACCGUUAUAUAUAAUAAACAUAUUUUUUAUAAAUACGAAUUGUUCUUAAGUUACAACAACAAAUCACACACUCACACGAACCAGCAAACUGAUGGAUUUGAGCGCCAAGGCCAGGCAGUUGGCACGAACGAACACGAGACCGCCGCGUGCCCACCAAUCGGUUUGCCGCGUUCUCUCUAUACUCGUUUUGUAAUAAAUCUUAACUUAAGCGCACUAAUGACUUUACAACAAAGUUAAUUGUAAUGAAAUAAUGUGUCAUAUAUUUUGCAAUAAUUUCUUAUGCAUAAGUUUAAUAAUUUUUAAAUCGAAGAAGAAGAAGAAGAAGAAGAAGCAGAUGAAGAAUGCGAAUACGAAUGCGAAAUUCCAAACACCAAAAAGUCGUCUACACACUCAGAAACUGCCCUUUCGGAGAUUUUUUCAGUAGCAUUUAAAGUAAAAUUGUAGCAAAUGUAAACGAACUCACAACUAACGCCAGCACUUGGCUCGUAACGAGACAUUAACGGUACCUGUGAUUGUCGCGUCGCUUUCCAGUUACCCACUGUGUUGAGCAAGCAUGCGCUGCCAGCGAAGCCAGUUUUUAAUUUCGAAUUCAAUGCUCAAAUAUUGUCUUUAAUUUCUAGUUCUCGAAGUGGAAGUAAAACAGCAAAAGCAAAGCCAGUCUAAUAUUAAUGAAUACUAACUAACGCACUAAAACAUUUCUAUGUAAUAAUUAAUUUUUCUACUUAUAUUUGUAUGUAAAUCGAAAUAAUUAAAUGAAAACAAACAAAAAAAAAACACAAAAAGGUAAAACCGUUAUAAUUAUCAUAAUGUGUAUGGCAAAUAAUUGUAUAAAGCGUUAAUAAGUCAAUAAAUUAUUAAUAUUAAAAUGUUAAUAUGAAUUAUUAUAAAAAUGAACGACUAAAAUAAACGAAGGAAUGUUUGAAAAUAAAAA